GCGGCUGAGGCACGGCGCAUGCGCAGACGCGAGACCGCUGUUGCGAUCCCUUCCUUCCUUGGCGGUGACUCUGGUUCCCACCAGAACUUUGGGGGCGGAGGCCAAUCGUGGGGUCGGGUCUUCGCUGUCCAUGGGCGCCUUGAGAUCCUUCCGCUUUCCUGGCCCGCUGACCAGGAUGUGCCCCGUGCCUUGGGCAUGCCGGCCUGGGGAGAGGCCGUCGUUGCUGUCCCUGGUGGCAAGGGUCCCUCCGGUCCAGGCAGCAGGCAAGAAGGACCGGCCGGCCCCUUUCUCCCUGGAGGAGAGUGACCUUGAAGAGCAGUUUGUGAAAGGACAUGGUCCAGGGGGCCAGGCAACCAACAAGACCAGCAACUGUGUGGUGCUGAAGCACGUGCCCUCCGGCCUGGUCGUCAAGUGCCAUCAGACGAGGUCGGUGGAACAGAACAGGAAGCUGGCCCGGAAAAUCCUGCAAGAGAAGGUGGACAGUUUCUACCACGGGGAAGAGAGUCUCGCCUCCAGAGAAAGGCGCGCAGCGGAGAAGAAGAAGCAGGAGAGGAAAAAGAGAGCCAAGGAAACCCUGGAAAAGAAGAGGCAGCUGAAGCAGCUCUGGGAAUCGAGUAAGAACUCCACGGCGGAAACAGCCGGCCCCGAGUGAGGAGCCCCGAGGCCCUGGAGGAAGAAGGGGGUCCCUCACCCGUGGCUGCAGGGCUUCAGAAGCGUUUUAUGGGUUAAAGCCUCGGAUUGUUUUACGUGGCAGACCAAGUAAACUGGAUAGAGACGUGCUUACAACAGACCUGAGAAACACAGGCGGUCCUUGUGGGAGGACAGUGG